UGGCAAAUUGAAUCGACUUGCCACAACCAGCAUUCUCGACAAGGUGGGAACUGGGAACCUGGCAGACCGACCGCAGCCGCCGCCAUGGUCUCCAUCCCGGAGGGCAGCGUGCCGGCUGGGCUGGCAGACACAAGCUGGAGCAUAGACUCAGACGCACCACAGCUGCCAGGUGAGGCAGACCUGGCGGUGAAGUUGAGGUUCGAAAAGCGACUGGUGGCAGGGGAAGAUCAUAAGAUGGUUGAGUUGUCCUGGCGCCUUUCGAUCCGAGGAGUGUGUCCUGGUGGAUGA